AAAUAACCAAGGAGGUAAACAAACUAUCUAAGCAAUUAUCCAUAAACUACAUUUAACAACAAACCAAUAAAGCAAAAAUGAAGGGAAAAUGCAGAGUUUGCUUACGGAAGCAUCGAAAUAUGGUAAAUAUCUUUACUGAAACACAGGAUAAAAUUGUCAUAGCGGACAUGAUUUCGGAAUCCACCGGCUUUCCUGUUAAAAAAGGCGACUCACUUCCUGAAUCCAUUUGUCCACCUUGCCUUCAGGAUACCCAAAACGCUUUCAGGAUAAAAGAAACCUACGAGAGGAGCCAGCAGUUCAUAUGUCAAAUCAAGGAGGAAAUCAUAGAGGAAGAUUUUCUGGAGGAAGAAGUUCAGCACUGCGAUACGGAAGAAUCAAAUUUAGACGGGGAAACGGAUCAGUUCGUUUGCCACGUCAAAAACGAGCCACUCGAAGAAGACUUCCCGGAGGAAGACUUUUCCAAGAUAUCAGACACCAAAUUAGAGCAAUACAAUUGUCAAGAAAAAACCGAAAGAAGCGAAGAUGUUGAUGAAGAAGAUCCAACCAAAGAUGCUCCUUCGUUUAAAUGUCUUCUUUGUCCCAGGAGAUUUCGGAGCCAAUACAUUCUUAGUCUUCACACACCUGAUCACAUGCGGGAACAACAGUACAAAUGUGCCCACUGCUCCAAGACUUUUCGUACUAAAACACAACACAGAACCCACAUGCAGACUCACACUGGGGAACGAUCGUACCAAUGUUUGCAAUGUUCCAAAACCUUUCUCAAUAGUUCCAAUCUUCAAUCGCACGUUCGAAUUCACACUGGAGAACGACCGUUUAAGUGCCUCAAAUGUCCAAAGACUUUUAUCCAAAAAACCCAUCUUGUCAAUCAUGAUCGAACUCACACCGGGGAACGUCCAUUCAAGUGCCUACAAUGUGACAAGACUUUUAUACAACCAGCUAAUCUUCAGACGCACAUCCAGAGUCACUGUAAGAUGGGUGUAAAAUUUCGGAAAAAUAGUAAAUCUCGCAUCCAAACACGCACUGAGGAGCCACAUUUCAAGUGCUCCCACUGCUCAUUGUCCUUUGAUCACCAAGAUGCCCUCACAGACCACAUUCACACUCAUAACGCCUUGUUUGAGGAAGAAGUUUGCCAAAUGUCAGACAAUGAAAUCGAUCCAUUCAGCCAUAUCGAAGUGGAUAUAUUUGAAGACAAUGAUAAAGAAGAUGAUGAAAGCGAGGAUUAUGGCGAUGAUGUUACAUUGUUUGAAUGCCCUCAUUGUCCAAAGAUAUGCAAGCGCAGUCAUGACCUCAGAGCCCACUUAAAAAAUCAUUUUGAACGACUGCAAAAGUGUCCCCACUGCUCGAAGUCUUUCAGUAUCAUAUCCAAUUAUAAGAGACAUCUUCGGAUUCACACGAGGGAAAGGUCGUUUUCCUGCUCUUAUUGUCCAAAGAAUUUCAGAAAUCCAGCGCAGCUUAGGGAACAUACGCGAACUCACACUGGAGAACGGCCUUUUAAGUGUUCUGAAUGCUCUAAGUCAUUUACCCAUAACUCCGUUUUAACAAAACAUAUGCGAUCCCACACUGGUGAAAGACCAUACAAGUGCAACCAAUGCCCCAAAGAUUAUGCACAAUUGGAUCACCUUAAGGAACACAUUUUAAGGCACAAUAAGGAAAAAAUCAACCCUAAAGAUGAGGCUCGUAAGUGUAGCCAGUGCUUUAAGAUAUUUAAAAAUGCAACAACACUUAGGAAACACAUUCUGAUUCACAAAAGGCAAAAAAAAUACCCAUGUUCGGACUGCUCAGAGAGCUUCAAAGAAAAAGAUUCUUUAACAAAUCACAUAUUACAAGUUCACUCAAUUGACGAACCCUUGAACUGUCUUGAACAACCCUUUAAAUGUGAACACUGCUCAAGAUCGUUUUUAAAUGAUGAUAAUCUUAAAGUUCAUACGCUUACUCACUCCGAAAAACCACGUCUUAAAUGUUCUUAUUGUAAAGAUACUUUUGCAAACAGUCAAACUCUUAGAUUGCACGUCCGCAUUCACACGGGGGAAAAGCCGUAUAGCUGUCCUCAUUGCUCAAAAUCUUUUUCGAGAAGCGACUAUCGUUUAAAGCACAUCAAAAGUUGUCACGGAAAAAAAGCAUUUUCAAAAUCCACAUGUGAGCCUUCAAUAAAGGAUCCGAAUGUCAUUCCUGUUGAAGAACUUUAGUAAUCUGGUUUUGGACCUGAAUUUAAGCUUUAAUAACUUAAUUCUUGUAAAUAAAUAUGUUACUAUGUUUUAAUACGUUUGUUUGCUUAGCGUUGGUAAGGGAAAACAAUAAUAAGUCCGGGUCUGUUAAUAUUCAAUGUAAAUCCUGGAGAAUAAUUU